UUUCCCUUUUUUUUAUUUUAUAAUCGUGUGUAUGUAUUUUUUUAUUUAGGUGAAAUAAUAACAGCUUUGCUUGAGGGUUUCAGAAUCUGAUCGAAGAAAUCAAUCUCUCUUCUGUAGUCUCUUCUUCCGUUCUCCUUCGAUCUCUCUUUCGAUAAUUUACUGCAAUCACUGAAGGAAAAUGGCUGCCGUAGGUGUAGAUACGAGGCGUCCUGAGUUAGCCAUGGAAGAAACCUGCAACGUCAAGGGAGCCGCUGCAAAACAAGGUGAAGGGCUUAAGCAGUACUAUCUUCAGCACAUCCAUGAGCUUCAGCGCCAGCUCCGUCAGAAGACUAACAAUCUCAAUCGCCUUGAAGCUCAGAGGAAUGAGCUUAAUUCUCGAGUACGAAUGCUCAGAGAAGAGUUGCAGCUGCUUCAAGAACCUGGGUCCUAUGUGGGCGAAGUAGUUAAAGUGAUGGGAAAAAACAAGGUCUUGGUUAAGGUUCAUCCAGAGGGGAAGUAUGUUGUUGAUAUUGACAAAAGUAUAGACAUAACGAAAAUCACCCCAUCAACCAGAGUUGCUCUCCGUAAUGAUAGCUAUGUUCUCCACCUAGUCCUGCCAAGUAAAGUAGAUCCUCUGGUUAACCUUAUGAAAGUUGAGAAGGUUCCAGACUCCACUUAUGACAUGAUUGGUGGUCUUGACCAGCAAAUUAAGGAAAUUAAGGAGGUCAUUGAGCUGCCAAUCAAGCAUCCUGAAUUGUUUGAGUCUCUUGGAAUUGCGCAGCCAAAGGGUGUGUUGUUAUAUGGUCCACCUGGAACUGGAAAGACACUUUUGGCUCGGGCUGUUGCACAUCACACUGACUGUACGUUCAUCAGAGUUUCUGGUUCUGAGCUGGUCCAGAAAUACAUUGGAGAAGGUUCUAGAAUGGUCAGAGAACUCUUUGUAAUGGCAAGGGAGCAUGCACCAUCAAUCAUCUUCAUGGAUGAAAUUGAUAGUAUUGGGUCUGCUCGUAUGGAAUCUGGAAGUGGAAAUGGUGACAGUGAAGUGCAAAGAACUAUGCUUGAGCUUCUCAAUCAACUUGACGGAUUCGAAGCGUCAAACAAAAUCAAGGUUUUGAUGGCGACAAAUCGUAUUGAUAUUCUGGACCAAGCUCUUCUCAGGCCUGGAAGGAUUGAUAGGAAAAUUGAAUUCCCUAAUCCUAAUGGAGAGUCACGUUUUGAUAUCUUGAAGAUACACUCGAGAAAAAUGAAUUUGAUGCGUGGAAUCGAUCUGAAAAAGAUUGCAGAGAAGAUGAAUGGAGCUUCAGGUGCUGAGCUGAAGGCUGUGUGCACAGAGGCGGGCAUGUUUGCGCUGCGGGAGAGGAGAGUUCACGUGACACAGGAAGACUUUGAGAUGGCUGUAGCGAAGGUGAUGAAGAAAGACACAGAGAAGAACAUGUCUCUGCGUAAGCUCUGGAAGUAGGAAUCUCUUUGUUGUGUGUAGUCAAAAAGUCAAGGGAAAGCCACAGUUUCAUUUCAGACUAGUGAAAUUAGGGUUUUCUUUUACUUGACAGUCUGUUGUUGGUUCUGUAACUUUUUUUCGAUAACUCGUUAAACGUUUCUGUGACUUUUUUUCGAUAACAUCGUUAAACGUUUGAAAACAAAGCUUCUACUAUCUAAA